AUGGCUAACCAAUUAGUGCUAUCAAGAUAAGUUAGUGAAUAACAGAUAAUGGAUUUAUAAAUUUAAGCUAUAACCCAAAUGUGUAAUUUUCAUAAAAUGAGGCUAGGAACGAUAAUACAUUCAAUGCAUUAAAAAAGUUCCUAAUUUAUAGAGGAAAGUCUCCAAUUAGUUGAGUAAGAAGUAUAAAAUCAUUCAUAUUGGUCAUUAACUUCAUAAACAAUUAAGAAAGUUAAUUAAAAUAUUGAAAACUUAGAGGCUCGAUUAAAGAAUGAAAUAAACAUAGAAAAAAAUAAUUUAUCAUACUAAAUUAAACUGAUUUCAGAAUAAAUACGAGAGUUCAUCUAAAAUAUCAUUUCAAUAAUAAAUUAAGUAACCGUGAGCACUACAGAAAUUACUGAAAAACUUUUUAGAAUUCUUAAGGAAAUUGAAGAACUUUUAUUUAGAAUGGAAAUGGUAAUAAAUUCUAAUAGAAACUCUCUUUCUCAUUUUAAUAUUUCACUUGCUAUCUCAGUAAUUCUACUUGAAGUUAGUUGUGAAUGGGCCUUUGGAAAAAAAAUGAGGAAUAUUUUAAAAGGAGUAACAGAAAUUGCUUUACCAUUUAUAUUUGCAGCAAAUGCAAAUAAAAAAUUAUAAAGGCAAUUUAAUGAUUUAAAAUGUUUAUUUGAAUAAUAAAAAAGAUUAAUUGAUUAAAAUGUUACCAAAAGUAUUUUUGAAAUGAACAUAGCUAUGGAUGGUGUAAUCAAAACCUUUUUAACCAAUAUAAAAAGACCUAAUUUAAAUAAUUAAAGAGCCAUAGCCUGGCUAGAUAGUCACAUUGAAAAUUAUGGAAAUUCUUAAUUGGCUUAAAGAAUUAGAAAUUGUUUUCCAAACAUUUAACAUUGUCAUUUUACAAAUGAUCAUCAAAGCCUUAUAAAUUUUUUAAAUGAAAAUUACAUUACUUUUUUGAUCAUAUAAGGAUCUAUUGCAAAUGAAACUCUACAUAUGCUGUUAACAUACCCUAAUAUUCAUUCAAUUCUUAUUUAUUGUUAGUUUCCUGAGAAAUAUGAGGAUCUAAUACAAAAAUUUAAAUAAAUUGUUUUUAUCACAAACUAAUAAGAUGAAGUGAUUGCAGCAUUAAAAAAAAGCUUAGCACCUUCUUUAAUUUUAAGAGAAAUUAAUUUAUACUAAUUUCCUAAUUAUUUUUAAUAGAAUGCAGCACUUUAUUAUCUUUCUGAGGAAUUUUCGUUGAGUAGUAUUCCUUAACUAUCUAAAGAUGAAGCACUUAAAAUAAUUAAAGAUACAAUGUAAUAUGUGCCAAAUACUGUGUAUACAUUAUCUGAAGAGGCUUAAGUUGAAUUAGCUCUUUAAAUUCAUGAGAAAUUUAAAAAUGGGCAAAUUGAGGAUAUAAUUAAUCUCUAUACAGGUCCUAGUGGAUUUUUUAAAUUUAUUAAUAGAAUUCUAUAAAGUUUAAAUGAAAAGGCAAUUUUAGAAGCAUCAGUGAUUAUACAAUCAUUAAAAUACAGUUUAGAAAAAUAUUAAGACAAUAUAGACCCAAAUUUAUUUAUUUCGAGUGAAUUUUUCCUAUACAGAGGAGUAGAUUGUACGAUUGAAGCAUUUAAAUUGAAGCAUAAGUUAUAUGAUUUAAUGAUGUUUCCUGCAUUCACUUCCACUAGCAGAGAUUUUGCAAUAAGUAAAUCCUAUGCUAAGGAUUUGGGCAUUAUAUUUAGAAUCUCGUUCAAUGAAAAUAAUUUAGAUGACUCUCAUUUUUAGAUGGUCAGACCCAAAGCUAUUUAUACAGUUUCAUAAUUUUAGAAUGAAUAAGAAUAUUUAUUUUCUUGUUUUUCGUGCUUCAUAAUUACAAAAUUUAAUGAAGAUAAUAUCAUAGAUAUAGAAUUUGUUAAAAUUUGA